AUGCCGCUCUGUUGUUCCCCACUGUUACAAGCAGUUGGGAAGAUUAAAGAAAAGAUUUGUGGAUGCUACUUUUCUACCAGCUGUCACCGCAACACCAAAUUUUAUACUGAUCCUGUUGAAGCUGUAAAAGACAUACCCAAUGGGGCGACUAUACUUGUUGGUGGUUUUGGUUUGUGUGGGAUUCCUGAAAACCUCAUUGGGGGUUUACUGAAGACUGGAGUAAAGGGAAUAACAGCAGUCAGUAAUAAUGCAGGUGUUGACAAUUUUGGACUUGGUCUUCUACUUCAGACUAAGCAGAUAAAACGCAUGGUGUCAUCAUAUGUUGGAGAGAACGCUGAAUUUGAACGCCAGUAUUUAUCUGGUGAGCUUGAAGUUGAGCUUACACCUCAG